UGUUGACCGUUACGCUCUCUCCAAUGUUAAAGUUGCGGAGUUUAUGUAUAAUAAAGAAUCUCUGGCAGGAACUUGAGGCACUUUUAUUUUGAAAAGUUAGUUUUUCAGUGCACAACUUCACUUGAAAUAUCCACUGCAACCUGACAGCGGCUGUUUUCAAAUGUGUGAUGAGUGAAGUCUUUAUUAUGAAUCCAAGUGAGAGCAAACUAUUGCAUUUAACUAAUACGCUAAUCGCACAAUUUGAUUAAGAGAGCUGAAAGUAGAGAUCAUAAAAGAUGUGGAGACUGAAAAGCAUCCGCCACAAAGCAAGCCGAUCUGCCAAAGAUUUAGACGAGUUUAAACAGAAGAAAAGAGAGUUUGAGAAAGCACUUAGACAGGCGAGGAGAGACAGACAGCUCAUCAGUAAGAGACUUCUGCAGAAUGAGGAUGAUGAAGAAGAAGUCUCAAUGGAAACAAGCUCCGCCCCUCUGUCACUGGAACAGGUCAGAGAGAUGAUACGUGGAGUCCAGUGUGGUGUCGAGGAGAAGGCAGCUCAUUUGGCAUCUUUAAGAAAAGCACUAAGAAACCCUGACACACAACUCACUUUCAUCAAAUCAGAGAACAGUAUGCAUAUGUUGGUGGGACAGCUCAGUGGUCAUAAUGCCCAGUGUCAGCUGGAAGCAGCACGCUGUCUCCACGAGCUGUCUCACUCUCCUCACCCCAGUGUUGGUCAGGCCUGUCUGCCUGCUGGCCCGUAUCUCCUCACCUACCUCUCUGGUCAGAGCACCAAGUUAAUGGAACUCUGUUUAUACACACUAGGAAACCUGUGUCCUGACAGCGCUUUAGUUAGAGAGAAGCUCCUGGCUCAGGGAAUGGUUUCUGCCCUGACAAACUGCUUUCAGAAUCAGAGGUAUAAUCUGGCUGUUGUGGAGGCAGUUGGCUUUACUUUAUCUCAGCUGCUGCAGGCCAAAGAUGCAACUGAACAAAUCAUCCCAGCAGUCAUGGCUUCUGGAAUAAUCCCUCAUUUGAUCUCAGCGUUAACUCCAGAUGCAGAGUUUGGGUUUGGACCGGCGUUUGAGUGUGCAUGGUGUUUGCACUAUUUAGUCAGCAGUAAUGUGGAUAACUCAAUGCUGCUCUCUGAAGGGGCCCUCUCGCAGUGCACUGCUGUUUUAAUAAAACUAGGAGGUGCUGUUGCUCAAGGAAACCUUUUGGAUGGAAUGGAGCUGCUCAUUUGGCCUCUCUUGCGUUGCCUUGGUAACCUGCUGGUGAGUGGAGGGUGUGAUGUAAUGCCAGAGGACACUCGUCUCCUCGCCGCCCUGUGUGUCUUCAGCCAGGCUUAUCUUCACCCUCACCCGGCUCUGUGUAGAGAGAGCCUGUGGACCCUCAACAACCUCACCGCUGGUUCCAGUGUGUUUUGUUCUGGUCUGCUGCUCCUUAAACUAGUUCCUGUGUUAAUUCAGCUUCUGUCUUUCUCUAAAGGAAUCAACUCUAUGGUGCUGAGAGUUGUAGGAAAUAUCGCCCAUCAUGGCACACACUACUGUGUUGGGUUGACUGAGGCGGGGCUGCUCACUGCUCUCUGUGCCACGCUGAAGAUGGCUGAGCCUGAGGUGGUUACUCUGAGCCUGGAGGUGCUGUACAUGCUGCUAUACAGCAGUCCGCAGGUGCAUGAGGAGUUCACGAGGAUGAAUGGGGUUCCUCUGCUGGAAGCGAUUCAGUAUAACAGUGAAGUAGAGCAGCGUGUCAGAGCUGCCUACAUUCUCCAUCAUCAUUUCCCUUCUUUCUCUGAGGUGGAGAGCCUUUCAUCAUAACACUGGAGUCCAAAGUCAGAACAGCAGAGAUGAAUUGUUUACAUUUCUCUGAUGGUUACUCAAGAUAGAAGUUGUUUUGUUGCAUUUAAGCACUUGUAAAGUUAUUCAUGUGUUUUCUGAAGUGUACAAAAAAUAAAUGUAUUUUUUUCUGCCCAUGUGAAGUAUGCUCAUGUUUGCUGCUACCUGCUGUUCCCACUGACCAAUUGAUGCUAAACACAGCAUAUUAUAUGGUACAGUUAGUAUACAAGGACACUUUAAGUGCCAAAACUGAUUGUGUUUUGUCUUCAAAAUUCAAUACUGCAGUGAUCAGUGAAGAUGACAGCAGAACGUAUACAAAUACUGUUUUUACACACUCACAGUAUGUUAGUGAAAACAUUAACAUGCCUAGUUUAUUCGCUGUACAAAAAUAGUUA